GAGUUGAUAGGAGUGAGAGCCCCAAUAUUCAAGAAAGAUCCAAUCCCAGGAGAAUUAUUUCUUUUCCAACUUCCCACUUUACCUUAUAUAUCUAUUAUAUUACAUAAUCACUUGCUAGCUUCUUUUCUUAUCCAAAACAAGUAGCUAGCUAGCUUCUUUUUAGGGAGAAGAAUGGCUGACACAUACAGUAUAGAGAGCAAGGUUGUUAUAAGAGAGUUUGAUGAAGAUAGAGACGUUAAAGUGGUGGGGAAGCUUGAAAGGAACUGUACUGAGAUUAAUGGGACUACUAAAAAGGGUUUCUCUAUUUUCACCAACAUGAUGAGUAAUGGUGACCCUUUAUCUAGGAUUAGGUUCUAUCCCCUUCAUGUUAUGUUGGUAGCUGAGAUGGUUGAAAGCAAGGAGCUUGUUGGAGUUGUUAAAGGAUGCAUUAAAAGUGUGCAAACUCCUUCUGGAUCACUCUUCAAGAUGGGUUGUAUACUAGGCCUUAGAGUCUCUCCUAUACACAGGAGAAAGGGAGUUGGACUAAAACUUGUGACCUCAAUUGAAGAGUGGAUGCUAACAAAUGGUGCUGAUUAUGCCUUCCUAGCCACAGAAAAGAAUAACAAUGCCUCUAAAAACCUAUUCACCAACAAAUGCAACUAUUUCAAUUUCACCUCACUCAUCAUAUUUCUCCAUCCACCAACUAGUUUCCCAACAAACCACAUUUCUAAGAAGGAUGUCAAAAUUGACAAGAUAAGUAUAGACCAAGCAAUUUCCUUCUACACAAGAAUCUUGAAAACCAAAGAGUUGUAUCCAUUAGAUAUGGACAUUAUUCUCAAAGAAAAACUCAGCCUAGGAACUUGGGUUAGUUAUUACAAAGAUGAAGGCUUCAAACUCAACAUUGAAGACAUUAUUACCCAUAAAAGUACAACAAGCUCAUCAUGGAUCAUUUUCAGUUUAUGGAAUACUUGUGAAGCUUGUGACAAUAACCUUCAAGUUAAAACAAAAUUAUUUCAACCACUUAGGUUUCUUCAUGCGACAUUAAAUCAUGCAAAGGACAAAAUAUGUCCUUGUUUGAGAAUGUUUGACUCAAUGUGUAACAACAGUACAUUUGGGUUUCUUUUUCUUUAUGGACUUCAUGGAGAGGGAGAGAAUCUUGGUGGGCUAAUGGAAUCAAUAUGGAGGUUUACAUCAAGAUUAGGAGAAAAAUUAAAGGAGUGUAGGGUUGUUAUAACUGAGUUAGGGUUUGGUGAUCCACUUGUAAACCAUGUUCCUAAAAUUGAUUCUAUGUCGUGUAUUGAUGAUAUGUGGUACACAAAAAGACUUGGAAAUCACAGUGAUGAUGAAAAUGAUGAAUUGGUGGAGGUGAUGAAGAGACAACUCGGGAAUGUGUUUGUUGAUCCUAGGGAUUUUUAGCUAGGUUUUAAUAAUAAAGUGAUGAAAAUUAUCGUUGUGGUUGACAUGAUUGAUCAUUCUUGUAUUUUUUUUUUCUUUUUCUUGAAGAAAUCAUUGUAUCUUUUUUCCUUUAUCUGAAAUGAAAGCAUAUUUAUGA